AUUGGUUCUAUAUACACACACAACACAAGACUGCUGUGUUCCACUAAUAUAAAUUUAAUUGAAACGCCAAACAAAGCUUCACCAGAAACCCUAACGCAAGUUCAAGAAUGGAGAACGGGUCAUCGAAGAACUGGAAUUUUCAUGCAAAUGAAGGCUUGUCAUCAGCUUCAGCAGUAACUGUUCGCGGAGUUCUCAAUGCUUUGUACGAUAAUCUCAACGGAGAAGACGAACGAGCAGUCAUUCCUCUCGGCCAUGGCGAUCCUUCUGCUUUUCCUUCUUUUCGGACGGCUUCUGUUGCUCAGGACGCCAUUUUUGAUUCUUUAAGCUCUGCUAAAUAUAAUUGUUAUGCUCCUACUGUUGGUAUUCUUCCUGCUAGAAGGGCUAUUGCAGAUUACCUUAAUCAUGAUCUACCAUAUGACUUAUCUCCAGAUGAUGUUUUUGUUACAAUCGGAUGUACACAAGCUAUUGAAGUCUCAUUGACAGUUCUUAGUCGACCCGGGGCUAACAUUUUGCUUCCAAGACCAGGUUUCCCCUACUAUGAAGCUAUAGCUGCCCAUACUCGUCUCGAGGUUCGACAUUUUGAUCUUCUACCGGAAAACGGCUGGGAGGUUGAUCUUGAUGCCGUCGAGGCUCUGGCUGAUGUGAACACUGUUGGACUGGUUAUCAUAAACCCUGGCAAUCCUUGUGGAAAUGUUUACAGCUAUGAACAUUUAAAGAAAGUUGCAGAAACAGCUCGAAAGCUUGGAAUUUUGGUGAUCGCAGAUGAAGUAUAUGGGCAUCUUACAUUUGGAAAUAGUCCAUUCGUGCCGAUGGGCGUUUUUGGAUCAAUUGCUCCUGUCAUUACACUUGGAUCUAUAUCCAAGAGAUGGAUAGUUCCUGGCUGGAGGAUUGGUUGGCUUGUUAUUACAGAUCCCAAUGGCAUUCUUCGAAAAUCCAAGGUUGUUGAUUCAAUCUCGAGCUUUCUUAACAUAUCAAGUGAUCCUGCAACGUUUAUUCAGGGUGCAAUUCCGCAGAUCCUGACGAAUACAAAGAAGGAUUUCUUUUCGAGAAUUAAUAAUUUACUGCGGGAGACUGCAGAUUUAUGCUAUGAUAAACUUCAGGACAUUCCGUGCAUUACUUGCCCCACGAAACCAAAAGGUUCUAUGUUUCUAAUGACGAAGCUGAAUUUGUCAUUAUUGGAAGGCAUUGAGGAUGAUAUGGACUUCUGUUUCAAGCUGGCUAAAGAAGAAUCCGUCAUAGCUCUACCCGGAAUUACUCUAGGACUGAAGAAUUGGCUUCGCAUAACGUUUGCUGUUGAACCUUCGACCCUUGAAGUUGGUCUUGACAGGAUAAAAGCGUUCUACGACAGGCAUGCCAAGAAGCAGUGAGGAUCGUAACAGAACAUGGAACGGGGGAUCAACGACACUGUUGAUCUUCGGAAAUAAUGGCACUUCUACUUCGUGAUAAAAAAAAAACACGAGAAGUGAAUGGAGAUAACAACUCCGCAUUGGAUCUCAACGAAUCCUUUCUAUUAAAAUGUUGUUUUUGUUCAGUUUAGAUAAUCUAUCUGCAAAACUCAGCCUUUUGUACGGGUGUGUUAUGUACACUAGCCUACCUACUUAAGCAAUGAAAUCAAUUCCUAUUCUAUA